AUGUCUUCUUCUCCGGCGAUUCUCCCCGUUACCAACCAGCAAGCCACUCAGUCUCAGCCUCCAAUCAACACUCACGCAUUCCGCACUUUCCUCUCGCGCCUCUCCUCCUCUCUCCGCGACGGCCUCUCUCAACGCCGUCCAUGGAUGGAGCUCGUCGAUCGGAGCUCCUUCGCGAGACCCGACUCCCUCACCGAUUCCUUCACCCGGAUCCGUAAGAAUCUCGCCUACUUCAAGGUCAACUACGCCGCAAUCGUCUCCCUCGUGCUCGCGUUUUCCCUCCUCUCCCAUCCGUUCUCUCUCCUCGUCCUCCUCUCUCUCCUCGGCGGCUGGAUGUUCCUCUACCUCUUCAGAUCUUCGGAUCAGCCGUUGGUUAUCUUCGGCCGUAGCUUCUCCGAUCGAGAGACGUUGCUCGCUCUUGUUCUCACCACGAUUGUAGUCGUGUUUAUGACGAGCGUUGGAUCGUUGUUAACCUCGGCUCUGACGAUCGGCGUCGCGAUUGUUUGCUUACACGGUGCGUUUAGGGUUCCGGAUGAUCUGUUCCUGGACGAGCAAGAGCCUGCCAACGCCGGAUUGCUCUCGUUCAUCGGUAAUUCUGCUGCUACAUCAGCUGCUGCUGCCGUUGUUGCCGGACGAGCUUGA